CCGCCGGUAUAAAUGCGGUCCGGAGAUGUCCAUGGCUGUCGGCGCGGCGGAUCCCGCCACUCAACUGCAGCCGAGUGCCGGGAGAGGCAGCGGGGCGGCGGCGGAGGAGGAAGAGGAGGAGGAGGAGGAUGCUGCGCGCCUUGGUGGCGGUGUCCCUGUGGCUGCGGGUGAGCCCACGGGCGCAGGGCGCGCCGUGCGAGGCGGUGCGCAUCCCCAUGUGCCGCUCCAUGCCCUGGAACAUCACCCGCAUGCCCAACCACCUCCACCACAGCACCCAGGAAAACGCCGUCCUCGCCAUUGAGCAGUACGAGGAGCUGGUGGCCACCGGCUGCAGCCCGGUCCUCUCUUUCUUCCUCUGCGCCAUGUACGCUCCCAUCUGCACGCUGGAGUUCCUGUACGACCCCAUCAAACCCUGCCGCUCCGUCUGCCAGCGCGCCCGCGACGGCUGCGAGCCCAUCAUGCGCCGCUAUAACCACAGCUGGCCCGACAGCCUCGCCUGCGACGACCUCCCCGUCUAUGACCGCGGUGUCUGCAUCUCCCCCGAGGCCAUCGUCACCGACCUGCCGGAGGGUGAGGGCCCCGGAGAUGUGAAGUGGACUGACUUCACGCAGGGUGUGAUGGUGCAUGAGAGACCCUCGGAGCCCGACUGCAAGGGCCGCGGCCAGGAGCGAUGCAGGUGUAAAAAGACAAAGCCUACGCUGUCGACCUACCUGGCCAAGAACUACAGCUACAUCAUUCACGCCAAGGUCAAAAGCGUGGAGAGGGGGAGCUGCAACGAGGUCACGACCGUGGUGGAAGUCAGAGACAUACUGAAGUCUUCGACACCGAUUCCUCUGUCUCAAGUGCCUCUGCUGACAAACUCCUCCUGCCAGUGUCCACCUCUCCAGCCGAAGCAGGACGUCCUCAUCAUGUGCUAUGAGUGGCGCUCAAGGUUGAUGCUUCUUGAUGGAUGCCUAGUUGAAAAGUGGAAAGAUCAGCUGAACAAAAGAUUUAAGAGGUGGGAACAGAGACUGCAAGAACAAAAGCUGCGAGUAGCCCGCAGUAAGAACCAGAAUGCAGGACGCAGCGGGCGGAGUGGAGCCCCCAAAACGACCAAGAACACCAACCCGCUGGUCAGUGGCCCCAAAAAAGCCAUUAAAACAAGGAAUGGCCAGAGAGAAAUCAACCCUAAAAAAGUAUGAGUGUGACAUUUCUAAGAAGAGAGACUUUUGCUGCAUGAUGAGAGGCACCACCUGGCUCGGUCGGCAUGUUUUAGUAGUCCAGAACUCAUGGCCUUAAAAACUCACAACACUUUCUCCAUAGACAUUUUUGCUGCACUUUUAAAAGUAAAGGUUUUCUUCUUCUCUUCAGGCCACUGCAAGCCAUAGAGUGUAGGCUUGCUCUACUAUGUGGUAGGCAUAUUCAAGAUGCCUGACCUUUAUCUUAGGGCUCUGAUUUGCAGUUCUAGGUAGAUCUAGCUUUGGCUGCCAGAGGUUUUAACUCCUUAUGCCAGUUGCCUGUCCUGCUUCCCAGACAGAGGUUGGAGAUUUGCUUGGGUGAGGAAAGGUUGAGAGCUUAAGUCUUACAUGGAGUGGCUGGGGGAACUGGGAUUGUUCAGUCCAGAGAAAAGGAGGCUCAGGUGAGCCCUUCUCACUCUCUACGACUACCUGAAAGGAGGUUGUAACAAGUUGGAGGUCAGUAGCCUUUCCCAAGUGACAUGUGAUAAGACAAGAGGAAACAUCCUCACGUUGUGCCAGGGGACUUUUGGUUGGACAUUAGGAAAAAUUUCUUCACCAAAAUGGUUAUCAAGCACUGGAACAGACUGUCCAGGGGAGUGGUGGAAUCACCAACCUGGGAGGUAUUUAAAGGAUGCAGAGAUGUGGUGCUUAGUGGUGGGCUUUAGUGCUGGGUUAAUGAUUGGACUCCAUGAUCUUAAAGAUCUCUUCCAAGCCAAACAAUGCUAUGAUUCUGAGGGGUACCUCUUGUCUCCUCAGAAGGUGCACUGGUGUAGGAGUUGGUGAGUUGGGCUGCCACUAGUCUGCUCAGCUGAGAGCUGUGGCAGCUGAGGAACAGCAGAGGGAUGGUAACCUCUGGCAAACAUCUGGGGCAGCAACUCCUGCAGCUGCUAGAGUUGAAUCUGCUCUUUGUAAUAGCAGCCCUUGCUCAGAGCAUUCAAAAGCAGUUUCCCAAUAAGCAUCUGGGUAUACAUUAUGUGAUUCACUGUUAUCUUUGUGCCAAAAAAUAUGCUUACAGUGUUAGCAUUUGAUCUUGUGGGUUUGUGUAGCAAAAAUGCAACGAAAGCA